AUGGAGCAACCCUGCAAAUCAGCAGCCGCCUCAGACUCACCUCCUCCUGCAAGGUGGUUUGGCGUGCGGCGUCGGUCGUCGGAAAUCACGGCGUUUCUGCCUCAGGAUAUGUCUGCCUACGUGAAAAAAAUUCAGUUCAAGCUGCACGAAAGCUACGGCAAUCCUUUAAGAGUCGUUACCAAACCACCGUAUGAAAUCACCGAAACGGGCUGGGGUGAAUUCGAAAUAAUCAUUAAGAUAUUUUUCAUUGAUCCAAAUGAAAGACCUGUAACCUUGUAUCACCUGCUGAAGCUUUUUCAGUCUGAUACUAAUGCCAUCCUGGGAAAGAAAACUGUAGUUUCUGAAUUCUAUGAUGAAAUGAUAUUUCAAGAUCCUACUGCAAUGAUGCAGCAGCUGUUAACAACAUCUCGUCAGCUAACGCUAGGUGCUUAUAAGCAUGAAACAGAGUUUGCAGAUCUGGAAGUGAAAACCAGGGAAAAGCUGGAAGCUGCCAAAAAGAAAACUAGUUUUGAAAUUGCCGAGCUUAAAGAAAGACUAAAAGCAAGUCGUGAAACCAUCAACUGUUUAAAGAAUGAAAUCAGAAAACUUGAAGAAGAUGACCAGUCUAAAGACAUGUGAGGAGUGUCAACCUGGUAAAGAGCCUGUACUGAACACAGAAUGACUUCAGGCAUGGAACUGUGUGUGUUCUCUUCAGUUCUGUAAGGGAGACAAUGUGAAUUUCACUUGCAAAUGACUGAAAUACGUGGCAAUU